AUGGGUGGUAAGAUAGAUCGGGGCGUGAACAAGAACGGUGGUCCACCUGUUUUCCGGAUCAAUGGCCAGAACUUCCAUUACAUUGGUAGUCUCCUGCCGGUAGACGGGAAAAGACCACAUUUUGCACAGUUGUAUAUAUAUGAUACUAAUAAUGAACUGAGUAAUCGUAUCAAUUCUGUGAGGCAAGAUGGUGACCAAAAUGGCAUCCAUGUUGAGAUUGUGAAUGAUAUCCAACAAGUUUUGGAUACCAGUAAUGUAUUAGUCAAGUCAUUCCACAUGGCACGAUCUGAGCUGCAAAAGAAUCCGCUUGCUGAGGUUUCGGAAGUUGCAGCCUUAAUUGUGGGUGACAUUGAUACAAAUAUUGGAGAACGUGACAUUAUGGUCGAAACCAAGAGCGGCCUAUUGCAACGAAUUAGUGAGUUGAAUCCAGCAUACCUCCCAAUGCAAUACCCUUUACUCUUUCCGUAUGGUGAGGACGGAUACAGGGAAGACAUUCCCUUCUCUACAUUAAAAGGAAACACAAGUGCUGGCCGUCAAAGGAUAAGUCCUCGAGAAUAUUUUGCAUACCGUAUACAGUCAAGGUUAUCUGAGGACGCUAUGGCUAUAUGUAGAUUGGUUGGAUAUCCAGAUCUGUUUAUCACAUUCACCUGCAACCCCAAGUGGCCCGAGGUACAACGCUUCUUGAAGGAUCGAAAGUUAAAAGCUGAAGAUCGUCCUGACAUAAUAUGUAGAUUAUUCAAAAUGAAAUUGGAUGCUCUAAUCUCAGAUUUUCGGAAGAACAAGUUAUUUGGGCCAGUGAUGGGAGUCAAUGGACAUCAUAAUGUUGACAAUUUGGACAACAUUAUUUCCGCUGAGCUGCCUGAUCAAGAAGCUGACGCAGAAUACUUCAAAGCAGUUGAGGAGUUUAUGAUGCAUGGACCUUGUGGGAAAGCCAGAUUCAGAUCUCCCUGUAUGGCAAAUGGUAAAUGUACUAAACAUUUUCCCAAAAAGUUUGUUAAUUGCUCAACUUUUGAUGAGGAUGGCUAUCCUAUAUAUCGGAGAAGAGACAAUGGUCGUUCUGUGACGCGCAAUGGGAUUGACUUGGAUAAUAGGUACGUGGUACCACACAAUAGACAUUUGUUGUUAAAGUAUAGGGCUCAUAUUAAUGUUGAAUGGUGUAAUCAGUCCCGUUCAAUCAAAUACCUAUUCAAGUACGUGAACAAGGGUCAUGACAGGGUAACAGCAGAGUUUUACAGAACCAGCAAUGAUCAAGAUGGUGCACAAGUUCUGGAUGAAAUUAGUAUGUACUAUGAUUGUAGGUACAUAUCUCCGUGUGAAGCAUCGUGGCGGUUGUUCGGUUUUGAUAUACAGUUUAGGACACCAUCAGUGGAACGAUUAAGCUUUCACUUGCCGAACCAACAAAGUGUUGUUUUCGCAGAUGAUGACCCCGUUGAUAACAUACUCAGUCGGCCAACAAUCUUGCAAAGCAUGUUCCUAGAAUGGUUCGAGGCAAAUAAAAACUUCCCAGAAGCAAGAAAGUUGACAUAUGCUGAAAUGCCAACAAAGUUUGUGUGGAAGAAAGAUAUUCGAAAAUGGCAGCCUAGAAAAAGAGGAUUCUCUAUCGGUAGAGUUUUCUAUGUGCCUCCUGGAUCAGGGGAAAUCUUUUAUUUAAGGUGUCUGUUGAAUAAGGUCAAAGGUCCGACAAGUUAUUUAGAUAUAAAAACAGUGGAUGGUGUCCAAUAUGAUUCUUUUAGGGAUGCGUGUUGUGCAAGAGGAUUAGUAGAUGCUGACAGGGAGUAUGUUUAUGCUAUAGAAGAAGCAAGUCAUUGGGCCACAGCUGUGAAUCUUAGAAGAUUAUUUGUCACUCUCUUGAUGACUAACUCAAUAGCAAAACCAGAGGUGGUUUGGGAGGCUGCGUGGAUUCAUUUGUCAGAUGAUGCACAAUUCAAGAUUAGAGAACAAUUGGGAAAGCCAGAUUGGAUUAUAUCUGAAGAUGAGAAGAAGAAUUUUGCACUUACGGAGAUUGAAAUAAUGCUUUCAGCUAUGGGAAAAAGUUUGAAAGACUUUCCGGGGAUGCCGAUAGCCGAUGUAGUUAAUCACUGCAGAACAAUCAAUCGGUUGAUACAGGAGGAAUUGGCAUAUGAUGCUACUGCAAUGAAGGAAGAGAAUGAUGCUUUGGUGGAUAAACUAACUGAAGAGCAAAGAACAAUAUAUGACAAUGUUUUGAAAGAUGCUGAGAAUAAUCUUGGAGGACUAUUUUUUGUUUAUGGAUAUGGGGGAACGGGUAAAACAUUCUUGUGGAGAGCAUUAUCUUCUGCUAUAAGGUCAAAGGGUGAGAUAGUACUGAAUGUUGCAUCAAGUGGCAUAGCUUCCCUUCUAUUACCAGGUGGUAGGACUGCACAUUCAAGGUUUGCCAUUCCGAUCGCUGUUAAUGAAGAUUCAACCUGCAAUAUCAGCCAAAACAGUCCUUUGGCACACUUGAUCGUGCAAAGCAGGUUGAUCAUUUGGGAUGAGGCUCCAAUGAUGCAUAAAUUCUGUUUUGAAGCGUUGGACCGAUCUAUGAGAGAUAUAAUGCGUGUCAAAAAUCAUAACAGCUUCGAUAUGCCUUUUGGUGGAAAAACAGUGGUGUUAGGUGGAGAUUUCAGACAAAUUCUACCAGUCAUUCCAAAGGGCACCAGACAAGAUAUUGUGCGAGCAACUAUAAAUUCAUCCUAUCUUUGGAGAAGCUGUAAAGUUUUUAGGUUAACAAAAAAUCUAAGGCUUAGAUCUUUGAGAUCAGAUAGUGAAGUUCAAGAGAUUGCUGAUUUUGCAAAGUGGAUUGCUAAUAUAGGUGAUGGAACCAUUGGUGAUUCAAUGGAUGGAGAAUCUGAGAUACAGAUUCCCGAUCAAUUUUUGCUCAGUUGUGGAGAGGAUCCUAUUGCUACAAUUGUUGAUAGCACUUUCCCUAUGUUUCGCAGUGGCCACAGAGAUAAUGAGUACCUAAAAGAUCGUGCCAUACUUGCACCUACUUUGGAUGUUGUAGAUACAGUCAACGAAUACAUGAAUGACUAUAACAAUGCUGAAGGAAGGACCUAUAUCAGUUGUGACUCCGUAUGCAAAUCUGAUUCUAAUGUUGACAUGCUGGCGGACCUGCACACACCAGAGUUUUUAAAUGGAUUACGAUGUUCGGGAGUUCCAAAUCACUCAUUGACUCUCAAAGUUGGCUCGCCAGUGAUGCUGUUAAGAAAUAUUGAUCACUCACUGGGGUUGUGCAAUGGGACAAGGAUGAUUAUUUCAAAGUUAGCGGAUCAUGUUUUAGAAGCUAAAAUACUCUCCGGAUCAAGUGCUGACGGGGUGCCCGAAACUGAGCCGUCAGCAGCAUCAUCAGUAUCAGAUAUCAUACACCAAGAAGAUAAAGCCUUAUAA